AUGGCUGGAAUGAAUAUGGUUCAAGGUCAAAUGAUUGAGUUAACCAAUCACAUGAAUAGAACCGAUGUUAAACAUAUGGAACAAGCUUAUUCCUUCCCAACACAAAUUCAAGCCAUUGAAAAUGUUGAAGCUGCUACUAAUAAAGAGAAAAACCUUAUUUUCCUUAACGUUGAUAAUGUUAAAAGGGAGGAAGGAAUUUUAAGAGGCGGUGGAAGUAGUAGAGGAGGUGUUUCGACAGGCACCAGAUCUAAAAGAAACCCCGAUGAUAAAGGAGGUUGCAGACCAACCAAAAGAGGUGGAGGUCACAGCGGUGACCGUGGUGGUGGAAGUGGUGGAAGCGGUGGUCGAGGUGGUCGUGGUGGCCGUGCUCUCCCUCCAUUUCAAAACCUCCUGACUGGUGAAGGGUUUGCUUACCCAAGCGUGAAAAGGGAAGAACAAUAA